AUGUACAGGGGCCGUAGUGGCAAGGGCUCGACCAUGAGCGAGGAAGAACAUGAACCCCGACGGACCGGAGGCGGCUUUGCUGCAGCUAGCACCGGAGGGCAUGCCGGGAGGACGGAGGGGGCACCGAGAGAUCGAGACCCACCACCUGCAUACGACGGAGAGAACCCGGAGGUUACGUUCCGCCAGUACGAGAAGCAGGUGGCCUUGUGGGAGUUCGAAACUGAGGUGCCAAAACCAAAGCGAGGCAUCAAGUUGCUUCGCCAGCUCUCAGGUGUGGCCAUGACGGCCGUGGACGACAUGGAGAUCUCGGAGAUUGCCAGUGAGCAGGGAGUCAAGAACAUCCUCGGCAAGCUCCGUGACUACUUUCUGCCACACCUUGAGGUUUCAUUGCCAAGGGCAUUUGAAGUCGCGGUCUACGGACCGCCUCGAGGCAACAAGGGGUCCUUCGCCGAGUACACGAAGAGGAUGGAACGGGCCUUCAUCAACCUCGCCAAGGAGGGCGUCGACUUGCCCGACGGGGCAAAAGGGUACAUACUGUACCGACAGGCCUUGAGGAGGUUGGACAAGGUCAUUAAGGAGAAGGACAAGGCCAAGGGAAACUAUGUCACUGAAGAGAGCUAUGUCCUUGAGGGGUCCUCCGGCAUCCACUACGAAGCGGACGGCGAUGGCGUCGCGGCCUGGGAGGAUGACGAUGAGAACUACGUCUUCCUGGCCGAUGGGGACCUUGAUGAGGUCAUGGAUGAACAAGACGUGAUGAAUGCCUUAGCCUCCUACAAUGACACCCGUCAGGCACUCAAAGAUCAACGGCUGGGACGAGGCUUCUUCCCAGGGAAAGGCAAAGGCAAGAUCAACGCCUUCCAGAAAGGCAAAGACAAGGGCAAACGCCGUGUUCACAUCGAGCAGCUCAAGUUGCGCACCAGGUGCAGGAAGUGCUUGCAAGUGGGGCACUGGGAAAGAGAAUGCCAAAAUCCACCAGCGAGCCAAGCCGGGAAAGGAGAGAGCCGCACCUUCUACGUGGGACUACGAUCUGAGAGCGAUAGUUUCUCCACGUCGCAGCACGAUUUUUGGUUGCGACAGUUUGUGAAGGAGAGUCGAGCUCGACAAGAGACCUCGACGGAGUUCAACAAUGGAGCCAACCCUUCGAAGCGAUACAUGGAGCGGGCAUGUAUGGUCAAGGAGGGAAAGGUGAAUUUUUGUGGCAUCACCACCCAAGCGAUUGAGGGGAUAGUGGACACGGCAGCUGAGGGUGGUUUGAUCGGGAAGGAGUCUCUUCAUCGUCUCAAACGGGAACUCGCCGGUCGUGGUUUGCGAAUCAAGUGGAUUCCCAAGCAGUCAUUUGCAAAGGGGGUAGGAGGCAACGCGGUGGUCGAAGGGGUUGCAUUGAUUCCUUUGGGGCUUGGAGGCAUCAAUGGUGUUUUGGAGACCACCGUAGUGCAGGGAGACGUCCCGUUUCUGCUUCCGGUAAAACUUCUCAGGGCAUUGGAGGCGGUCAUCGAUUUGAAGAACAUGGUCAUGCAGGUCCCCUCACAUCAGGUUUUUCUACCACUUCGUGAACUCGCAAGCGGUCAUGUCGCCGUCAACGUCAUGUCGUUCGCAGAGGGCAAGUUUUUGGUUCCUCCGGAAGCCGGUACGCAAGAGAUGGAAUCACUUUGUUUUGCCACCACAGCAAUGCCGGCUCAAUCACUUUUCGCCGGUGCUCAAUUCGAUCGGCCCGGAGACGCCUUUCGCCCAUCACCACCACAUGGCGUCGCUGCUGAAGAAAGCCAAAGCAUUGGUGGGCGCUACUCCUUCCACGGACCCAGUGCCGAUGGAAGUCGGGACACCACAGAGGCCUGGUGCAUGGACUUGGACUCGCAGCGGCCGGGGCGCAAGUCUUUGGAGACAAUCGCGGACUACUACUCGGAGGUGAUCAUGCAUGCGCAAGUGCUGAAACCCCUCCAGAGCAAGAAUGUUCAGAAGAAGAUCAAGGACGGCCCCUUGAGCAUGAAGUACCAGAAGGGGAAGCCCACAUCGCCCAAGAGCCCGAGUACCUCCACUCCAGCACCAAGGACACCGAUGAGGAGCGAGGGCAAGAUCAUGGACGAUGCCAUGAUGGCAACACCUCCAUCCGGGGGAGAAACCCUGGAGGCCCUGAUGGCCAUGAAGCAGGACUUGAGAGUCGAGAUGGGCACUCAUGCCCAGAUCAUGCUUCAGCAGCUGAGGAACGAGCAGGCCGCAUCCUCCGUUCAGCAAUCUCAGAUGAACGCGGUCCAGCUGCAACAGAUAGCGGAGGAGGUGAAGAGGGCUACGGUGGCGAACCGCGAGCAGGAGAUCCGACAGGAGAAGCUCAUGCAGAUGCUCAUCCAGGAGAUCACCUCCACCAAGACCGAGCAAGCUUUGCCUGUGCGGGCGCCUGGCCGAGGCCUUGAUCGUCAAGAAGGAUGGACCGAGGAAGGGACGCAUGUUUUGGAAAUGCGUCCAACGCCGAUGCGACCUCUUCGAAUGGAUCGACGAGAAGGACCAGGUCGACCUCGACGAGGUGAAGACGGCGGCUUCAUCCCUGAACCCAAGAAGGUCCAAGAGUCCGAAGAGGGAGGCCUCAGCGGCGGCUCCUACGGUGGGGAACAGCUGGUGUCAGGUGUCGGUGAACAGCAGCAGAGCGGAAAACGUGCCAGUGGUGGAUGUGGAGGAGUUCGACGGCUAGGAGACGGGUGGACCCGGUGUUGCACCAGCAGCGCCAUUCGCUGGGCGCGGAGGGCUCAGCAGGGGAGCAACCCGCUGGUGGAGACCUAUGGCAACUACUGGAUGAAGAAUGCCACCGGUGACUGGAUUGAAGCCUCCCACAUCAUCCCGAAGGACGCCGUCGAGAUCUAUGUCCAGGUGAGGCACACCCGGAGAGGCGAGUUUCAAGACAUGUGGGAGGAUUCCAAAAGCUCCCACUUUUCGAGAAAGGAGCGGCAGAUGUUGUCAACGGCCAUGAAGAAGAUGCCUGCCGCCGGAAAAGUCCUCUCGGAAGUCUUUUGUCCGCCCCGCAUCACCAAGCUCCUGAGGAAGAGAGGCUAUGAUGUGGGCACCAGUUUUGACCUCCAAACCGGAUGGGAUCUGAGCAAACCAGAAGAACGGAAGGCCAUGUGGAAGGCUUUGAGAGAAGAGCAGCCAGAAGUGAUCCUGGUGUGUCCCCCAUGCAAGGCCUUCAGCCGAAUGCAGGCAGUGAACUGGGGUCGAAUGGACCCAAAGAAAAGAGUGCACCUCCUUCAAACUGGACGAGAACAUCUACAUUUGGCCAUCGCUGUCCUGCGCUGGCAGCUGAGAAGAGGAGGGACAAUACUCUUUGAGCAUCCAGACGGGGCUACCUCAUGGCAAGAGCCCGAACUGCAGUCUUUGGCGGCCAGCCGCGGAGUCCAGACCGUCGUGUGCCCCGGAGACUACAACCCAACGGAGGAGGAGAAGAAGGCCGUGAUGAGAGUGCAUCGAGCGGUCGGACAUCCCCAGGACAGAGAGUUCAUCAGGGCUUACCAGCCCAACCGGGUCCUGGGGCUGGAUCUGUUCUAUGUGCCGGCACCCGGAGACGGGAAGCAGACUGUCCCGGUUCUCAACAUCUUGGACUGGGGCACCAACUACCAAAUGUGCGAGGUCCUUUUGGGGAAGAAUCCGAGCGAGGUAUGGGAGGCCUACAUGUCUACGUGGGCCAGGACCUUCGGACAUCCAGAGGUCAUCACUUGCGAUGCUGGCAGAGAGUUCUUGGGCGAGUUCAUCCAAAAGGCGGCUGCCGAAGGGAUCGUUAUCCACCAGAUCGCCUCCAAAGCACGCUGGCAGCAAGGGAAGACGGAACGCCACGGAGGGCUCUUCAAGGAGCUCCUGGAGAAGGCCAGAAGUGAGGUGGUGAUUCAAAGCACCAAGGAUCUCAAGCAGCUCAUGGUCGAGGUCGAGCAGGCCAAGAACAGGUACUCCAAUAGAUCUGGCUUCGCACCGAUUCAACGUCAGAUCGGACAGUGGCCAAGAUUGCCGACGUCAAUCAUGUCAGAUGAGGCAAUAGACCCAACGCUGCUGAACGGGGUGAUCACCGAUGACCUGGAAAAGUUGCACCACAUGCGGAACAUCGCACACAAGGCAUUCUGCGAGCACAAUGCCAAGAGCACCCUGAAGCGAGCCCUUCGAGCACGUCCACGAGUGUGGGUGGACUACAAACCCGGGGAGUAUGUGUUCGUGUUUCGAGUACCUCGCAUGAAGAAGCGGACACACGGAGGACCCGUCGAUGACGCCUCACUCUCAACAAAGGCAAGAUGGGUCGGCCCCGGGGUAGUCAUAGCUCCAGAUGGAGCGAACCUCUGGGUAUCGAUGCUGGGUGAGCUCUGGAAGGUCGCUCGAGAACAAUGCCGCCCUGCCACCAACGAUGAGAAGAUGGGGAUCGAAGCGGUGGUGCAAGAGUGUCAGGAGUUGAUCGAAGAGCUCAAAAGAGGGUCUCACCGGCUGGGAUACAAAGACUUGAGUCAAGAGGAGUUUCCCCCGGAGGAAGGUGAAGGAGAAGAAGACAGAGAACAACAAGGAAGACGAGACCAACACCUCCGGUUCGACGAAGCCGUAGAAGAAGUGGAAUACACUCCUACACAAAUCGAGGGGGAGCACGAAGAAGAUCCCGAAGAAGCCGGCCAAGUCAAAAGAAGAAGAUCCCUCAACGAACCAGAACAAGAAGAAGCACCUCUCCCAAGGGCCAACAGCGAAGCAAGCAGAGCUGAGGCCAGACAUCAUCCUGGGUUCCCAGGAGGCGUGCCAGAGACGCCGCCGGUGAACGUGGACCGACCUCCGAUAGACCCGAGGUCACAUGAGGUGCAGGAAGCAUUGAGGCAAUCCGAACUGGAUGCAAAUCGGCUGGAUGGAGUGCCAGGUCCAACAUCAGGGCCAAUCUAUCGAUGGCAACAGAGGGCCAGACAGGACCACAUCGCCCCCUACUUUGAGGACCAGGAAUGGUUUCUAGCUGAAGCUGAAGAGGCUCUGGAGGAGGAGAGUCAGACCAGACAGACGAAGAUCAGGCAGCUAGCCAAAACCAGGGCAGAGAAAGAUGAGUGGUCGCUGGACUGGAAAGUUGGCACGCUGACCAGGCACCAUCGACGCAAAAGGAAGGCCAAGUUCGACCCGAAGCUCAACUCCGACGCCCCGCUGCCGUGGACUUUUCUGACUGAGCGUCGAGAGACGCAUGUAAGAAAGGCACACGAAGGGAUGAUGGAAGAAGAUGACUGGCAGACGCCCCAACGGAGGAGUCUAGAUGAAUGGUGGAAAGGCAAAACCGUGUUCUACCUCAAGGAGAUCAAGGAAGCGAAGAACUAUGUGGCCGAGAAGAAAGGUCAAGAUGAAGUCAGCCUCAGCAAAGAAAGCCCACAGGAUCAAGAAGAAUGGAAGAUCUCCGACCUCUCCGAGUGGAAUAAGGUCACCCAGAGCGGGGCGGUGAAGGUGUUGGGCCUAGAAGAGUCCCGACAAAUCAGAGAAGAGCUGAAGCAGCAAGGUCAAGAAGACCGCAUACUGCCAACAAAAAUAGCAAGAAGAUACAAGCCUGGAGAACAGCCCGGGGAGCCGGCCAUGAAGAAAUCCCGGCUAUGCAUCAGGGGCGACCUGGACCCAGACAUCCUGGACUUGGAGCGCUUCUCUCCUACUUUAAAUACGGUGAAUUUCAACGUCCUCCUGCAGAUCGCCGCCAACGAGAACAUGAAGGCCACGGUGGGAGAUCUAAAGAACGCCUUUUGCCAGAGCCAGCCGCUUCAUCGACCAAAAGGACGGCUAUACUUCCAGCAACCCAAGGAGGGAGUGAGCGGCUUGCAUCCAGAGCAGAUAGUUCAGAUCAUCGCAGGAUGCUACGGGCUAAUUGAUGCCCCUCUACAUUGGAGGAAAUCCCUUACAGAAGACUUGAAGGCUCUGGGAUACGAGAUGUCCGCUCUGGACCCCUGCAUCAUGAAGCUGUACGACCGGACACGCAAACGUCUUUUGGGGGCCAUCGCCAUCGAAGUGGACGACCUGUUCACGGUCGGGCACCAAGAACACCACGACCGAAUGGAGCAGUUGAAGAAGAAGUAUGUCUUUGGCAAGUACGUGCAACUGGCCAACGAGAAAGACGGGUGCGCAUUUAAUGAUCGCCGAGUUCGCCAGCUACCAGAUGGCGGCUUCUUGGUGGACAUGAGGAAAUUCAUUGAGGAAAGACUUCACCCGGUGGACUUGGAAAAGGGGCGAAGGAGCCAGAAGAAAGAGAUGGUCAACGAGGCCGAGAUCAGCGCUGCCAGAGCCACUUGCGGCGCACUCAACACUGGCUGA